UUAUCUCCCGGAUCUGUUGUUGCCGGCCGCUGGCUGACGGAUCCGGCGGAGCGGACAGCUGCGAUGACAGGAGGCAUCGAUCUGUCGAGGAGCCACUUCAAAUACUUGCUUAAUUCCCCCCUCCUCUAACAGCGCAUCCCGUGAGGAAGUCUCAUAUUGCGGAGUUGGUGUAUAUUACCACUAUAUGUGCUGUUACAUCACAGCUUGGUCAGAAACCUCGGUUUUUAAAACUCCAUUGAGAGUGGUGCUUCUGCAGGAAAAAAAAAAACCCAGGUCAGUUAGGGGACAUGCAAUCAAUUAAGCAAUCUGUAAUUGAUACUCCACAUGAUUUAUUUUUUUUAAUCCAGACUCGGCCAUCAUCAUCACCAUUACGCAUGUCCGUGGCUUUGCCUCUGCAUGAAUGAUGACAGAGGGAGAGCCUCUCAGAUGCAAGCAGAGAGAGAGAGAGAGAUGAUGUGCCAGUCCUUGAACCUCCAGCCUCCCACAGCAGGCUCGCAGCCUGAGGGGAAUCGCAUUCACUUCUGCUGCUUAUCCAGCUGUCUGAUAGGGCAUCUUGCUUUCUUUUUUUCCCUCCAAUCCUGUCAGGAGCUGCAUUCACCUCAAGGAAGAGUGCCUCUCUGCCACCCCCUGCUGACCAUGCGGAGUGUGAGCGCGGUGAUCCUGGCGCUUGCCGCCGCCACCCUCGGCUCAGCAGACUCUGACACACACAGACCGAGACAUGACUCCAACCUGGAGAUCUACAAGCGGCUGUUUGAGACCAAGAGGAAAGAUCAGCUGAACGCGCUCAAGAAUCUGGUGGAGCUGAAUGACAUCAACCAGCAGUACAAGAUCAUAGACAUCAUGCUCAAAGGGCUCUUCAAGGUGCUGGAGGACUCGAGACAAGUCCUGGUAGCGGCCAACAUGCAGCCCGAUGACCCCUUCCCCAUGGAUGAUAAGAUCAAAGAAGCUUAUUCCCAUGUAGUGGAGAACACAGCGUUUUUUGGCGAUGUGGCGUUGCGUUUCCCCCGCAUCGUCCACCACUACUAUGACCGGAACGCCGACUGGAGCGGUCUGCUACGCUGGGGCUUGAAUUUCUGUAACCAGACAGGAGUUUUCACAGGAGGAGCUCACCAGCAUGUCCUCACACUAAUGUCACAGGAGCUGGGAAUAACAGAGAAAUCCCCAGACUUCAUAAACCCAUACCGCACAGAGCGAGAUGAUGUGCUUCACACUGCCGAGGCUUUCCAGAAGAUCCUGAGGGAGGAGGAGAAGAGGAGGAGGAAGGAGGAGAAGAGGAAAGAAAUCAGAAAAGGCCCUCGCAUCUCCCGCUCUCGCACCGAGCUAUAGCGCUACACUUCUGUGCUUGUGAAGAGCUAAGAAAAAGAAGAAUGAAGAGGAGGAGGAGGAUUCACACAAUCCACAAGGGGUGGCUUGACUUGUAGACUCUGAUGGCAGUGAAGAAGAAAAGCUGCCGUCGCUUGUACAAAAGUCACAAGAGAGAAACCCUCAGUGUGACAGAAAAGCGGAAGAGCAGGUUGUGAUGAAGGCCUGAGUUGCUGUACGUCUGCAGUAAUUCGUAAUUGAGAAAAUCUAAUGCUAUACGACAGGUAGCCGACGUCUCUGGAAAACCAAUUAAGGGAGGCUCGUUUUUUGAUAACUUGGGGAUUAUGUAACUGAGCUUUGGAAUAUAAAUAAUUUUAGUAUAACCUGUUUACUUCAAAAACUUUGCGAAGCCCCGCUGUACCCUGUCUGGUCUAGAAUUAAUGUGUCUGAAACCCAUUUGCUUCAAAUACCUGUGGUUGCCAAAUAUAAAUUUGACCUCAUUAUAAUGUGGCCUGUUUCUGGUUAGGUUAAGUUUGAUUUGUUGCUGAUUUUAUUUCUUUCUUGAGCUGGGAAGUUUUAGGUAAACUUCUGAGGGAAUGUUUGUGAGUGUUUGAUGGUAUUUAUUUGCAUUUUUUUAUGUGUUUUUCACACUAUGAGGGAAUCAUUAUGGAGUUUUCCUUUUCAAAACCAUUAAUCUUUUUUGUUUUUGCCUAAAUGCCCCCUAAUUAGAAGGAAUUGUUUCAUUCUGUCAGAAUUACAGUAUGUGACCCUUCAUUUUGCAGCCUUGUGUCUUUGCUUUUUGUUCAUUUUUUUUCUUUAUAUCUUGAAAUCGACCCCUGCUAUUUGUUUAGCUCUAUGGAAUUGAAAUUGAUGUAAUUUUGAAUAGUAUUAUGACUGUUAUAAAACUAUGUGUAUAUUCAGAGAAAGAAUAUCAUUGCUGCAGAAUGAACAAGCCAUUUUGUUAACAAAUUUAAUGAAAUAAAGUGACUCUGAUACGUAAAAAUC